UUAUCAAUUCCGAGAUGAAUGUCUCACUGUAAAUAGAAGAAGAUUUUGUAAUUUUAAUAGAAAUGUUUAGAAAAGUUACUUUCACAUAAAAAACAUUAAAAAUAAUGCAUUCUAAAGACGAGCCAGCAGUUAAAAAACCCAAAACUGAAGAGACAAACACCAAUGAAGAUGAACUAGAUACUCCUUCUGUGUUUAAUCCCAAAUAUCGGGUAUGUCCCUAUUUGGAUACCAUCAAUCGCCCUCUAUUGGAUUUCGAUUUUGAAAAAUUGUGCUCCAUAUCUUUGACGCGUAUCAAUGUCUAUGCUUGUCUGGUUUGCGGCAAGUACUUCCAGGGACGUGGUACCAACACCCAUGCAUAUACACAUUCAGUGGCGGAGGCUCAUCAUGUUUUUCUAAAUUUACAAACAUUAAGAUUUUACUGUCUGCCGGAUAAUUAUGAAAUUAUUGAUUCAUCAUUGGACGAUAUUAAAUAUGUACUCAAUCCUACCUUUUCCCAGCAAGAUAUUCACAACUUGGAUAAAUCCGAUCCCAAACACUCGCGUACCGUAGACGGUACUCUUUAUUUGCCAGGUGUAGUAGGUUUGAAUAAUAUUAAGAAUAAUGAUUAUUGCAAUGUGGUGUUACAUGCUUUGUCACAUGUGGGUCCUUUAAGGGAUUAUUUUUUGCGUGAACAACAUUAUGCCAAAAUCAAAAGACCUCCAGGUGAUUCUAUUUUCAAUUUAGUGCAACGUUUUGGUGAACUUAUGCGUAAAAUUUGGAAUCCACGCAAUUUUAAGGCUCAUGUAUCUCCACACGAAAUGUUGCAGUCAGUAGUGCUGUGGUCAAACAAACGUUUUCAAAUUACCGAGCAAGGCGACCCCAUUGAAUUUCUAUCCUGGUUUUUGCACACCUUACAUCGCGCUUUAAGAGGCAACAAAAGAGCUGAUUCGUCCAUAAUUAAUAAAAUAUUUUUGGGUGAAAUGAAAAUAUAUACACGUAAGAUACCUCCAGUGGAAUUGGAUGAUACACAAAAGACUCUACUGCUGGCUACAGAAGAAUAUCAGGAAAAGUGUGAGGAUUCUAAUUUCCUGUAUCUAACAUGUGAUUUACCACCACCUCCUUUAUUUACCGACGAGUUUCGGGAAAAUAUUAUACCACAAGUUAAUCUCUAUCAGUUAUUGGCUAAAUUUAAUGGUACCACCGAAAAGGAGUAUAAAACAUAUAAGGAUAAUUUUCUGAAACGUUUUGAAAUCACUAAACUGCCACAGUUCAUAAUAUUGUACAUAAAAAGAUUUACGAAAAAUACUUUCUUUUUGGAGAAAAAUCCCACAAUUGUUAACUUUCCAAUCAAAAAUGUGGAUUUUGGCGACAUUUUAUCUAUACCUAAUCGUGAAAAGCUGCCGGAUAGUAAAUACAAUUUAGUAGCAAAUAUUGUACAUGAUGGUGAACCUAAUAAGGGUACUUAUCGUGUACAUAUUUUACACAAAGCUAAUGGCCAGUGGUAUGAAAUGCAAGAUUUACAUGUCACCGAAAUACUGCCACAAAUGAUAACUUUAACGGAAUCAUACAUACAGAUUUAUGAAAGAUGUACUGAACAAACAUAAAAUAAAAUUCUUAAAAAUGAAA